AUGAGUGAAAAAGACAUAUUAUAUGGACUAUCAUGUAUUUCUAUUAGUGAUAAACAUAUUAUUAGCCAUGAAGAAGCAGUUACAGAAGUUUUAUGGAAAAAAAAGCUUGAAAAACAAGCUAUUUUUGAUAAAUAUAUCUUAACAAGAAUAAGAAUGUCAAAAACAGGGAGGGAAGAUGAGAACGUAUUUAAAUUGGUCUUUAUUAUUGGGCUUGAAGACUCAAAAAUAGAAUUUUCAACGAUUGCGUCAGUUUUAAAGUGUAAAUCAUUACAUAUGGCGCCAUCAGAGCUGAUAUUUGAGCUUUUUGGAGUAAAAAGUGAAGAAGUAUCUCUUUUUUGUCUUAGAAGGGAGAAUAUAUCCAAAAUCCAUCUUGUUUUAGAUUCUCGAAUACUUUUGACAGAAGAAUUACUUGCAUUUCGUAUAUCAAGCAGAAAAACAGCCUUUAUAACAAGUGAUCAAUUAUUAAAAUACCUUGUGGAUUUAGAUAUAAAGAAAACAUGUAUAGAUUUAGGAUUAAAAAUGAAACCUUGCUUACAGUCGAAAGGUACACUAUCUAAUAAGGAUGACAUGCAAGAAAGUACAUUAAUUGGUAUUACUGUUAAAAAAAAUGAGAAUUUUUCUGAAUGGUAUCGUCAAGUGUUAGUUAAGGGUGAUAUGGUGAGUUUUAUCAAUUCUUUUAUUUUAUUUACUCUGAUUCAUAUUGGAUUGAUUACUAUGAUAUUUCGGGAUAGUAAUAAAUGGUUUGAUUCAGAGAUUAAAAAAAUGGGAGUUGAGGGCUGUUAUUUUCCUAUGUUUGUAUCUUCAAAAGUUCUUGAGAAAGAAAAAGAUCAUAUAGAAGGAUUUGCACCGGAAGUUGCAUGGAUAACAAAAGCUGGGAAUUCCAAUCUUGAUGAACCCAUUGCUAUUCGCCCAACUUCAGAAACAAUUAUGUAUUCAUAUUAUUCUAAAUGGAUAAGAAGUCAUCGUGAUUUGCCAUUAAAGCUUAAUCAAUGGAAUUCUGUUGUUAGAUGGGAAUUUAAACAUCCUCAGCCUUUCUUAAGGACUCGAGAGUUUCUUUGGCAAGAAGGUCAUACAGUGUAUUUAAAUAAAGAAGAAUCUGAGGAAGAAGUUUUUGAUAUUUUGAACUUAUAUGAAAAAGUUUAUGUUGAUUUGCUUGCGGUUCCAGUAAUUAAGGGAGUGAAAUCAGAAAAAGAGAAAUUUGCUGGAGCAGCUUUUACAGCGACAAUUGAAGGAUAUAUUCCUGCUUCUGGAAGAGCUAUUCAGGCAGCAACAAGUCAUUCAUUGGGGCAAAAUUUUAGUAAAAUGUUUGAUAUUUCUCUUGAAAAUCCGAAUACAAAUGUCACUGGUGAUAAAUCAAAGGUUUAUGUUUGGCAAAAUUCAUGGGGUCUUUCAACAAGAGCAAUUGGAAUUAUGGUAAUGACUCAUGGUGAUGAUAAAGGAUUGGUUAUACCUCCUAGGGUUUCAAAAAUUCAAAUAAUUGUUAUUCCUUGUGGAAUUACUGUUAAAACAGCAAAUGAUCAACAAAAAUUAAUUCAAGAUGGAAUUGAAAAUAUUGUUCAAGAGCUUAAAAAAGCAGGAUUCCGUGUUAAAUCAGAUUUACGGACUCUAUAUUCUCCAGGUUGGAAAUUUUCUCAUUGGGAAAUGAUGGGAGUUCCAUUACGAUUGGAAUAUGGAUUGAGAGAUCAUAAGGCUCUUCAAGUCAUUGCUGUGCGUCGAGAUACUGGUACUAAGUUCGCAAUUCCACUUUCUACACUUUUACAAACUGUUUCUGAAUUACUAACAACAAUUCAGACUGAUUUAUACAACAAAGCAAAAAGAAAAUAUGAUGAAAGCAUUGAAAUUAUUUAUAAAUGGGAAAACUUUGUCCCUUCACUUAAUAAAAAAAAGGUUUUACUUGUUCCAUGGUGUAAAAUAUCAUCAUGUGAAGAGGAAAUACGAAAAAAGAGUUCAAAUGAAUCAAAUACAGAAUCAGAAGAUAAUUUAUUAAGUAUGGGCGCAAAAAGUCUUUGUAUACCUUUAGAACAACCAUCUGGUGAACAUCUUUUAAAAGAAGGUGUAACUCGCUGUGUUUCUUGUGAUAAUUUUGCUACAACUUUUGCACUCUUUGGCCGUAGCUAUUAA